CGAGUACUCAGGAAAACAAAAAGGAAAAAAGGGAAUAGAUAUUUAAGGUUCUUGACCGGCCAUCCAAUUCACCUUCCUUUAAACAAUUGUCAAUUUGUGUCCUAAAUAGAGCUUAUUACUAUGGCUAGUUGUGGGGGGCUUGUGGGGUGCUCAGUGCUUAUAUACAUCAUGAUGGUGCCUGGUCUCCAGGCCCAGGCAGCGUUGUCCUGUGGAGUUAUGAAGAGCGACGUGAGUCCAUGCAUAUUCUACCUAUUAUUUGGCGGGCAUGUGUCAUCAUCUUGCUGCAACGGAGUCCAAACAAUCUUCAGCUCCGCUCAGACCACACUCGACCGCCGGAGUAUUUGCAACUGCCUCAAAUCUGCCAUUGAUGGGAUUCCCUACUCCAACGCCAACCUCCGCCGUGCGGCCGAACUCCCUGGCAAAUGCGGCGUCAAUAUUCCUUACAAGAUCAGCCCCUCCAUUGAUUGCAACGGUGUUAAUUAGUGGAAUUGAUUCAGCACCAGCGAAUACGCCUCAUCAAUCCUCAUCAGGAUUCAAAGUCUAGCAAGCUGAAAUAAGUUGCUGUUGUGUCCAUCUUCAGCUUCGUCUAUAUAUAUAUAUAUAUAUAUGAAGCUUUCUAUAUAGCAUAUUGUACUGGCUGGGGUGUAGUUGUCCGAGGUUGAUGGAGCUGUCUUAAUUAGUGUUUUCUCAAGCUGGUCCUGAUUGGAUCAGCUUAUAUAUCAUUUUUGGUUUUGAAAAGUUGAUCAGCAUAUUUAUCAGGUACUAAAUGGUCUCUGUAGUCUGUAUUGAACAUCUAAUAAUACCAUUAACUAAUUGGUUUAAUAAUUGUGUCUUAAGAUU